AGGAAUUCGUCUUUUCUUUUAAUGCGUGCCUGCUAGUUACGCCGCGAUUUCAUUUGUGUUCCUGAUUUCAAGGAGAAAAAGUUUGAACUGGUUUGUGGCAAUGAGCACAGUGAGUCCUUCGUGCGUGGUGAACCUGUCGGGAAUUGAAGGAUACUCUUAGCGGUGGUUCACCUGUGUCGAUGGUUUCAUCGACUUCUAUGAAGCGGUAGCUAAACCUUCCUGAUCACCUGGCUCAUGUUAAGUUGCGAACCGAAGUAUCGCGAGUCCUUCGCGAAUAUGGGCCGUACGCAAGCAUCGUCGUCCGCUCAGGAUCCUCGUAUUCCUCACUCCGUUCCUCCUCCGGCUGAUCAGUGUAAUCACAAUAAAGAGACUAUCCAUUCCGGGCACUUCAUGGUGUCAGAGUUCGAAGCAGAAGCUCAGGAUGAUGAAGAGAACGUUGCCAUUCCGGUGCCUGAUGAAAGCGAAGUCAAAUUGGCCGUGAAGGCUCCACCUGCGCGUAUCCCGAGACCGGAGCCUGCUGCGAUGAAUUUUACAGAAUUGCAGGCCGUGUCGCUGGAACGGAGGCAUUCGCAGACCGUCGCUAUUGAUUCUUCGCUCACCAAGCUCUUCCAGUGCAUGUCGCUUGCCUACAGACAGAAGUUGACUUCCCCCAAGUGGAACCGAUUCAAGGGUCUGAAGUUGAGAUGGAAAGACAAAAUACGACUGAACAACAUCAUCUGGCGCGCCUGGCACAUGCAAUUUAUCAAGAGGAGGAGUGUCGCUGUGUGUCAGUUUGCGUCUCCGCUUGAUGUGGACAUUCACGUAAAGCCAGAGGCGAUCGUUCUCGAGGGCAAGUAUUGGAAGCGUAAAUUGGCCGCAGUAACGGCGGAGUACAAGAAGUGGAGAAUUUACUACCGGAAUAAUAUUCUGAGAAAGGUCGGACGCUGCGAUGAAUCUGAUUUGUCGGCGAUUCAGAUCGAUGGGUCAGAGUGGAGUGGCGGCUUUCGUUGUUUGCCGGGAGUUGGUUUAUCGGGUGGCAUUGAGCAUCUUUUUGACGAUGUUGAUUUGCUGGUGGAUUUCAAUGAUACUCUGUUCUCCACGUUACUGCCGAAUCAGCCCUACUACUUUCCAAACCCGAGAGAAAUUGAUUUGUUACAGUCAAAGUUGCCACCUGUUGCCGAAGAGGUGAAUUUGGACGGGGUGUCGUCAUCUCAAAAUGCGGUUCUGCCCCAGCCAGAGAACCAGGUCAUGUAUGCAGAAAUGGGACCGUUGGUGGCUACGGAUGCACCUUUGCCAGCCACUGUAAACAUUAGUCCCCAGGCAGACGUCAAAUGUCCUUCAGAAGUUGAAGGUUGUUUGCCAAGCGCUAUGGAAGAAACGGAAGCUGCUCCUGUCGUUUAUUCGUAUAUGGGAAAGGAGUAUUCGUGCAUACAGGAAACCCCGUAUUCCUUGACCAUGGCGUCACCGCCGUACCAGCCCCAACAUACUGCUUUACAACCGGUUAAAAUCGAAUCCGCGGCGGCUCCUGUGGACGCCAACAUGGGGAUUUCGGCUCCUGGAUUCGGAUUCAGACCCCGGCGAACGGUUUUCUCGUCGUCACAACCAUUGGGUACCCAGGCUGGGUCCAAGGCACAGGCCUUUGAAGCCCACCAACGAGCCGCCAACAUGGACACGAGUGGGGAUGUUGUUGCCACUGUGUACACUAUUGCGCAGGAGCCGUUGCAGUAUCAGGUCGUCGAAGCCCCUGUUGCCAAGGGAAAGCAAAUGGGAAGAAGUUUCUCCGGUGGGAGUCACAUUCAGUCGGCAUGGAAUUCGCCGCCGAAGCGUCGAGAUUCCGCCCCGGCGUCCCCGCAAGAAGUUGCCGUUGGCCUCGCCAAACCCCCGACGAUCUUCUCUACGAAAUCCUUGCCUCAGAAAUUUGCCCAACCUACGAAUAAGCCAUUCCCCGUGCGUUCUGCUUCGCUGGGAAAAAUGACGAAUGUCGUCGAACCUUUCCCGGGAUCGCAGCCAGUUAAUUCAAGCAACACGGGUUCCGGUGGACAGAAGGUUACGUUUGCCACUAAUGUCAGCACGUUUGUCGAAAGCCCCAGACCACCUUCCAUUGGUGCCCAUAGUUCUUCGUCGGGCUUUGUUUCGCCCACAACUCCUCCUGUUCUGUCGCCCACUAGCAUGAAGUUUUCUUCAGAUUCCUCUGGUCCUGAUGGAACGUACAACAAG